AUGGACGCCAACGGCCCCAACAAGAACGUCAGAACCACGCCGCAAUGGGCGCUGUACCAACGCGAAAAUUUCUGGGCGAGCAAUGAGGGCAAAGUCCCGCUCUUCAACACCGACCCGGCUAAGCUGGAAGAGCUGGCCAGGGAGAAGCUCACGCAGAACGGGUGGUACUACGCGUCAUCCAACGCCGGGCAAUCGUACACGCACACAGCGAACCGGCAGGCCUUCUACCGGCACCGCAUCGUGCCGCGCAUGCUGGUCGACACAAACGCGCGCGACACGGCGGCGGAAAUCUUCGGGCACAAGGUAUCAGCGCCCAUCGGCUUCGCUCCCAUCGGCAUCAACAAGAUCUACAACCCGGCGGGCGAGCUGCCCGUCGCGAAAGUCGCGCAGGAGCUCAACCUGCCAUACUGCCUGAGCACCGCCGGCUCGCAGCCCGUCGAGGCAGUGGCCGAGGCCAACGGCGACGGCCCGCGCUUCUUCCAGCUGUACAUGCCGCACGACGACGAGCUGACCGUGUCGCUGCUGACGCGGGCGCACAAGUCUGGCUUCUCCGCUUGCAUAUUGACCGUCGAUACAUGGCAACUUGGCUGGCGACAUGACGACGUGGCUACCAGCAACUACGCCUUCUACCACGGCAUCGGCGCGGACCUGGGGCUCAGCGACCCCGUCUUCCAGAAGCGGCUGGCCGAGGCCGGCAUCGACCCGGCGAAGCAGCCCAACGAGGCGGGCGCGAAGUGGAUCGACAACGUGUGGCACGGCCGGGCGCACUCGUGGGAUAAGGUGGCGUGGCUCAUCAGGACGUGGAAGGACAUGUCGGGCGGGCGGCCGUUCUGCAUCAAGGGCAUCCAGGACGUCGGCGAUGCGCGCAGGGCGGUGCAGCUCGGCGUCGACGGCAUCGUCGUCAGUAACCACGCUGGUCGGCAGGUCGACGGGGCGUGCGCGAGCCUGGACGCGCUGGAGAGGAUCGUGGACGCGGUUGGAGACAAGACUUGUAUAAUGUUUGACUCCGGGGUCCGCGGUGCCGCGGACGUGUUCAAGGCGCUAGCGCUUGGGGCGAAGUUCGUCUUCGUUGGGAGGCUGUGGGUGUGGGGGCUUUCCAUCAUGGGCGAACACGGCGUGCGUCAUGUCAUGAAAAGCCUGCUGGCCGAUCUUGACAUUUUGUUGAACGUCGCCGGAUUCCAGAAUAUAGAACAGAUUGACAGAAGCGCACUGGAGAGCUCCCACCCGGGAUAUCCGCUGCUCCCGCAGACGUCCAAGCUGUAG